AUCCGCCUUAGCCGCCUUUCCAACCGCUAAGGGCCGUGCUUUCCCGUGCACACACUCGCGGACUCCCAUCCGUAUUUGAAGCCAUCCGCUGGCGGCUCGCUCGUGCACAGCAAUAGCUCAAGCAACCCGGCGGUCGGCUCAGCGCCUGCACGUUGCUAGCUAGCGUCUUUCCCGCCAUACAUGGCGUCCUCCAAGUCCCCCGGCGCCGUGGAGCGGCACCAGUCCAUCGACUCGCAGCUCCGGCUCCUCGCCCCUGGCAAGGUCUCCGAGGACGACAAGCUCGUCGAGUACGACGCCCUCCUCGUCGACCGCUUCCUCGACAUCCUCCAGGACCUCCACGGCCCCAACCUCCGCGAAUUCGUGCAGGAGUGCUACGAGCUGUCGGCUGAGUACGAGGGUGACCGCGACGCGGCGCGGCUGGGCGAGCUCGGGGCCAGGCUGACGGUUCUGGCCCCCGCCGACGCCAUCGUCGUGGCGAGCUCCUUCUCGCACAUGCUCAACCUCGCCAACCUCGCCGAGGAGGUGCAGAUCGCGCACCGCCGCCGGAACAAGCUCAAGCGAGGGGACUUCGCCGACGAGGCCUCCGCCACCACCGAGUCCGACAUCGAGGAGACGCUCAAGCGCCUCGUGUCCGGCCUCGGCAAGUCGCGCGAGGAGGUGUUCGACGCGCUCAAGAACCAGACCGUCGACCUCGUCUUCACCGCGCACCCCACGCAGUCCAUCCGGAGGUCACUCCUCCAGAAGCACGCCAGGAUCCGGAAUUGCCUGACGCAGCUGGAUGCCCAGGACAUCACGGCUGACGACAAGCAGGAGCUCGACGAGGCUCUGCAGAGGGAGAUCCAAGCAGCUUUCAGAACUGAUGAAAUUCGGAGAACACAACCUACCCCGCAGGAUGAAAUGCGUGCUGGGAUGAGUUAUUUCCAUGAAACUAUAUGGAAGGGUGUCCCUAAGUUCCUGCGUCGUGUGGAUACAGCUCUGAAGAACAUCGGGAUUGAUGAGCGUCUCCCCUACAAUGCUCCCCUCAUUCAGUUCUCUUCUUGGAUGGGUGGUGACCGUGAUGGAAACCCAAGAGUUACACCGGAGGUGACAAGAGAUGUAUGCUUUCUGGCCAGAAUGAUGGCUGCAAACUUGUACGUCUCUCAGAUAGAAGAUCUGAUGUUUGAGCUCUCUAUGUGGCGCUGCAACGAUGAACUUCGUGUUCGAGCUGAGGAACUAUACCGUGCUUCAAGGAAAGCUGCCAAGCAUUACAUAGAAUUUUGGAAGCAAAUUCCUCCAAAUGAGCCUUAUCGCGUAAUACUUGGCUAUGUAAGGGACAAACUGUACUGCACACGCGAACGUUCACGCCAUCUGCUGACUACUGGAUUUUCUGAAAUUCCAGAGGACUCAACCUUUACCAAUGUCGAAGAGUUUCUGGAGCCCCUCGAGCUGUGUUACCGAUCUUUGUGUGCUUGCGGCGACAAGACAAUCGCCGACGGGAACCUCCUGGACUUCCUGCGCCAGGUCUCGACGUUCGGGCUCGCCCUCGUGAAGCUCGACAUCCGGCAGGAAUCCGACCGGCACACCGACGUGCUCGACGCGAUCACCACGCACCUUGGCAUCGGGUCGUACCGCGAGUGGCCCGAGGAGAAGCGGCAGGAGUGGCUGCUGUCCGAGCUGCGGGGCAAGCGCCCGCUGCUCGGCACCGACCUGCCCCAGAACGAGGAGGUCGCCGACGUGCUCGGCACGUUCCGCGUCCUCGCAGAGCUCCCACCCGACAGUUUCGGCGCGUACAUCAUCUCGAUGGCGACGGCGCCAUCGGACGUCCUCGCCGUGGAGCUCCUGCAGCGGGAGUGCCACGUGCGCCACCCGCUGCGCGUGGUGCCGCUGUUCGAGAAGCUCGCCGACCUCGAGGAGGCGCCCGCCGCCGUGGCGCGGCUGUUCUCGGUGGACUGGUACAUGGAUCGGAUCAAUGGCAAGCAGGAGGUGAUGAUCGGGUACUCGGACUCCGGCAAGGACGCCGGCCGCCUGUCAGCGGCGUGGCAGCUGUACAAGGCGCAGGAGGAGCUCGUGCAGGUGGCGAAGCGCUACGGCGUGAAGCUGACCAUGUUCCAUGGCAGAGGCGGCACCGUCGGCAGGGGAGGCGGACCGACGCACCUCGCCAUCCUGUCCCAGCCGCCGGACACCAUCCACGGCUCGCUCCGCGUGACGGUGCAGGGCGAGGUCAUCGAGCACUCGUUCGGGGAGGAGCACCUCUGCUUCAGGACUCUACAGCGGUUCACCGCCGCCACGCUGGAGCACGGCAUGCACCCGCCGGUGUCCCCCAAGCCUGAGUGGCGCGCGCUCAUGGACGAGAUGGCGGUCGUGGCCACGGAGGAGUACCGGUCCAUUGUUUUCAGAGAACCGCGGUUCGUCGAGUACUUCAGAUCGGCUACACCUGAAACUGAAUAUGGUAGGAUGAACAUCGGCAGCCGGCCAUCAAAGAGGAAACCCAGCGGCGGCAUCGAAUCGCUGCGCGCAAUCCCCUGGAUCUUCGCAUGGACACAGACGAGGUUCCACCUGCCCGUGUGGCUCGGAUUCGGCGCCGCUUUCGAGCAUGUCAUGAAGGAGGACAUCAGGAACAUCCACAUGCUCAGAGAGAUGUACAACGAGUGGCCGUUCUUCAGGGUCACUCUAGACCUGCUGGAAAUGGUUUUCGCCAAGGGAGAUCCCGGGAUCGCCGCCCUGUACGACGAGUUGCUCGUCACUGACGACCUCAAGCCCUUCGGGGAGCAGCUCAGGAACACCUAUUUGGACACACAGCAGCUUCUCCUACAGGUUGCUGGCCACAAGGAUAUUCUUGAAGGAGACCCCUACCUGAAGCAGCGGCUGCGGCUGCGUGAUCCCUACAUCACGACCCUGAACGUGUGCCAGGCCUACACCCUGAAGCGGAUAAGGGACCCGAGCUUCCAGGUGACGCCGCAGCGGCCGCUGUCCAAGGAGUUCGCCGACGAGAACCAGCCCGCCGGGCUGGUAAAGCUGAACCCGGCGAGCGAGUACGCGCCGGGGCUGGAGGACACGCUCAUCCUCACCAUGAAGGGCAUCGCCGCCGGCAUGCAGAACACGGGCUAGGUUGCUUAACUUGCCUCGCUUCACUCUCUGCAGAAGUGCAGACUGUUAAGGCUGUGGAUGACUUUUGUCAGCUUGAUUGGAGAUACCAAUGUGACACAAUGUUACAAUUUGGACUGUUUAGUUUCCUCGGCUUUGCGCUUUUUAUAUUCACACUGUCACACUUGAGGUAAAGCUCAAGUGGAGCUUCUUCGCUGCUUCAGGAUUCUCUAAAGAACAGAACACAAACUCUGUUGUUUACAUAACGAAGGAACUCUUUGUACGUAAUAAACUAGUAUGGUGAUUGACGUUAAUA